AUGUAGAAAUCUUUCGAGAAUGAUCAAAUUCAAAUUGGUUUACCUUUGAGUUUCCAAAGUCCGGUUGAUGAUUCUAAGGGUAUAUUGCAAAUCAAUAGGUUCAGUGAUCAAUUAGACUUUAAAUACAGUCCUUAUAUAACACAAAACCAAGAAUCAAAAAACAUGGUAAUCCCUUUUACUCCAGAAUAACAGUAAAGUCCUAAUUAAGAACAAUAACUAAUUGCUAAUGCCAGUGAGGAUUAGAAGUUGGAAUUCUUUCGGUCAACACUGUACUUGUGGUUGAUGUGGGAGUCUGUCAUGUUUGUAAUUUUGCUCUUCAAUGUAAUGCAAAUAGAUGUUUACUGUGAUCAGAUAAAAGGAUUUAUUCUAUUUGGAUUUCUGGUAUUUGGUUCUUUAGCUUUGGUCUUGAUAAAAUAUAAGAACGAAAGGAAAUUAGAAUGUCUGGAUGUCAUAAAUAAUAAUAAUGUUGAUAAGCUAUUCUUUAUUAUGGUAAUGAUAGUAGAAGGGAUUUUCCACGUUAAGUUAAUUGCCGUUAUUGAAUGUUUAUGUGUUGGGGAUAGAUAUUAUGGGCGAAAUUUUGAUUUCUCAAUGGAAAAAUAAAUCGUUUAUUAAGGGUUAUUAAUCCAUUUAUCGAUUUUAAUAUCGAUUGGUUUUAUUUUAGUAAUCACUUUGAUACAAUAGAAGAUAGAUCCAAAAUGUAAAUAAAUUAGUCAUAUAAUUAGAAUAUCUCAUAAUUUCUUUGAUUAUUUCCUUAUUACUGGGAAUUAUGUACUAAGCAGCCUCCCCACAAAUUGAAUUAAUUCCAAUUAUGGUAAUUUUUGUAAUUUUUUGUUUAUUUGGCACUGUAACAGUUAUUUCGGGUUAGCAAAUUACCGAUGGAAAAGUAAUAGUAUAUUUAAUAUCCUCUAGUUUGGUUUAGAUAAGAAACGAAACUAUAUGGGAUCCUUAUUAUUGUACUUAAACUUGUUUAGGCUUUGCUGUUGA